AUGUGGGAGCCAGCCCAGCUGACGCGGCCCAAGAGCCUCGCCACUAAAGAGUGGCACCACGACAGAGGGCCCAAGGGACCUGCACCAGAGGUCAAGCACCCAAGGUGGUUACUGAACCCUCUUGACGGAGAAGAAAUCAUUGUCGAAAUACUAUCAAGGUUACCCCUCGAUUCUCUUACUCGAUUCACAAGCGUUUCCAAGCAAUGGCAUUCUUUGAUAUCCGACAUAUCCGUCGCAAAAACCGGCUCACCAACGGUUCUCAUCCUGUCCGACUCGGGAGCAUAUUCCUUUUCACCUCACUCCAUUGACCAACACCAACAGGAAGUACUUCACAUUCACAUGAAAAGCGUUCGUGUUCCUGACAACAUGCAUGGGUACGUCAUGGGAUCGUGCAACGGGUUGUUGCUUAUGCAUACCGACGAGGAUUUGUACUUGUGGAAUCCACUGACUAAGUUCUUCAAGAAAGUGCUAGCAUUUGACCGAUUGUGUGACGCGGGCUACCGAGUUCGUUCUGGGCUUUGCUAUGACUCCACCAGUGGUGAGUACAAGCCUGUUAUUGCCUUUGCUCACCAGACUCCAAGUUACGGGGGUGAAUUUGUAGUGGUUGGUAGUCUCAAAAGUAAAAGUUGGGCAGUAAUUCACUUCCCGUAUAGGGUACCUACAGUGGAAUCGGGGCCUAUAGUCAAUGAAAAUCUUCAUUGGUAUGCCUGUAAGAUCAAUGAUUCAGGCAAUAGUGAAAACAAUGUUGAGCUAUUAGUAAUGAAAGAUUACGGUGUGCAAGAAUCUUGGACUAUUAUGGUUGUGGUUUCAAAUUCUUUGACCACUGGUCCUUAUAAUGAGUCGUUCGAGCUAUUAGGUUAUACAAAGAAUGGCGAAAUCCUGACUCGAGUUUGGGCAUGGAAGGAACAAGGUUGGCAAAUAUGGGCAUUCAAUCCGAAUGACAAUUCCCAUAGGAGGAUUUCAAUUCCAGAGGAUCCCAAUUGUUAUGCAUUAAUUAUGCAUAAGGAAAGUUUGAUUAUCCCUACCGAAUAUGAUUGGGAAGAAGAAGAGCAGAAAGGGGAAGCGUCAUAUGUGUUUCGCUGUGAUUACUCGCGGAGAUUGAAAAAGGGCAAGGAUGGUAACUGGACCACGGAAUACAUAAAAGAUUCAGAAUAA